GUGCGGCCUUUAAUUCAGGAAUAUUGGACAAAAGACAAAUAAAGAAGGGAAUCGAAGGGGAGCAGAGAAGGGGACAGAGGAACGAAGGAGAGACAUCAGGACAGGAGGAGAGAAGCCGAGAUCCGGGAGACAGAGCAAGAUGCCAGGACUGAACAGUUGCUAUUGCUGCUUGUUGCUUCUUGCAGUUUUGGCUGUCGUGCUACCAGCUCUGGGGAAUGUGGUCGUCCGGAGAAAUUCUGAUGAUACAGCCACUACAUCUCCAGAUGCAGAUGAUUCUGGGGUUAAAGCCACUCCAACCACUGAAGACUGUAAGGAGGUAAAGUAUCCCUGUACCCGCGUGUAUUCGGUACAGAAGCCGGUCAAGCAGUGUAUCAGCUACCUGUGCGUCACCAGCGUCCGCCGCGUUUACAUGGUGAAUAAGGAAAUCUGCACAAAGAUCAUGUGCAAGGAAGACGAGAUCAUCCAAGAUGAAAAAUGCCGCCAGCUUGCCGGGCUCCCCCCACGACGCCAUCCAGAACCUCAAGAACCUGCGGAGGGAGAGACUGAUGAGAACUAACCACAAAAAAACACCAUAUAUAAACCCCCAGUAUUAUAGACUCCAGUAGUGGGGUGGUCUUCUGAACACUGAAUCUAGAGCAAUACUGUCAUCUGCAGCCCCUUGUUACUUUCCCUGACUCCCAUUACCCAUUCAGUCUCCAUGCAGACCCCAUUUAUGGAUGCUGCGGGGCAAAAACAACAUAGGUGUUGGUCAUAGCCUCCUCUGAUUUCUGUGAGUUGGAAUCUCAUUGGUUACUAUGAGCAAAACCUUCACUUUAAUUACACUUUUCUUCAAGAA